CAUUUGAACUCCUCCCCGUCCAAAAGGCCACUGCUUUUUUGCUUCCAGCGAACAGAGACUCCUUGUGUUCUUCGAUUCAUGGUUAUUGAUUCCUCCAACCGGGCAUCAACGCUCCGGUGCCUGCUCAAAUCCAUGUUCUUCGGCGCGCUUCAUGGAUCCCUCUCUGAGUGAAUACGAUCCAUCAGUCGAAGAGCAUGAGUGGGACAGUGAUGAUUUUGUGAUUCCAAAUCUGUCCGUUGGAGAGCCUGACCUUGUUAGUCAAAAUGCUCCUGAAGUAUCAGAUCCUCAAACUCCAUCCAAGGUUUGCAAGCAGGUUAUCAAACGGGAAGAGAAGAUAUAUUUGGGACCUCAUGGUGCGCCGCCUUCUCAAACCAAGCAACAGGAGCCGAUUGCUGGUGGCCAUAAGCAGAGGUUCAAGCAAAAGCUGAAGGAAGCCGAUAGGAGGUUUGGUGGUACAGGGCGCGAGAACAAGGUAGAGAGCUUACGGGAGCUUGUUGGAAGCAAGGUAAGCAACACCAACAUGUGGAAGGGCUCUCAUCGUGAUUGGUUGGAUCCUCAUUGCCAUGAGUCUGAGUUUGAUAAGCAUACCCAUUGACAAUCCCAGUCUCCCAUACUUGGAAGGCAUAGCAGUGAAUUGCUAUAACUGUAAGGAGAUGCAUAAUCAUCAUCUGUCAUCCCUACGACAAAGAAAUCUGGAUAUUAGUUUUUGUUGGUGUUGGAUUAUAUCCAUCUUUGGUGAACUUCUUAAUCAAUCAAUAUAUGGUAUCUUAGUCA